AUGGAGAAGAAGGCUUCUGCUGCAGACAUUUCCAUUCCUAGCGAGGGUGCUGGCUCUGGCACUGGCACCGUCGAGGCGUACGGCGAAACAAAGCGCGGUCUCGCAUCCCGCCAUGUGCAAUUGAUGGCCAUCGGAGGCUCCAUUGGAACCGGGCUCUUCGUCGGCAUUGGGUCUUACCUCCGGGAUGCAGGUCCGCUGUCAUUGUUUCUUGGAUACUUGGUCUGGGGCGUGCUCUUCAUUCUGCCGACUAACCUGAGUGUUGGCGAGAUGUGUGCCUAUCUUCCUAUUCGAGGAUCAAUCUUCGAAUUGGCUGCGCGCUUCAUCGACCCAGCAUUUGGUUUUGCUAUGGGCUGGGUAUACUUCUAUGGGGGUGUCAUGCUUGUGUGUACAGAAUACGCAGCUGUUGCGACCGUGAUGCAAUUCUGGACUACGAGCGUUAAUCCCGCAGUCUGGGUGGCCAUGGCCCUCGUGGUCUGCUCAUUACUCAACUUUGUUGCUGUCAAAUAUUAUGGCGAGAGCGAGUUCAUUAUGGCAUCCACGAAAAUCUUGCUCUUGAUCGGUCUCGUCCUCAUAACCUUUAUCACGAUGGUUGGCGGCAACCCGAAGCACGAUGCAUACGGAUUCCGCAACUGGUCUGAUGGUGUGAUGUUUGAAUACUAUACCGACGGGGUUACGGGCCGAUUCCUUGGGUUCUUCUCCGUCAUGGUCUAUGCUGCUUUUUCUGUGGCUGGUCCUGAUCUGCCCGCUUUGGCCGCAGGAGAGAUUCAGAACCCGCGAUACACCAUUCCUCGAGUCGUCAAAAUGACCUUCUACCGUAUCGUUGGUUUCUAUGUGGUCGGCGUGCUGGCUGUCGGUAUCAUCUGUAACCCCCGCGAUCCUCGUCUGAUGUCCGCUAUUGAUUCUGGCGCCGCCGGAUCCGCGGCCUCACCCUGGGUGAUCGGGAUUCAGAAUCUCGGCAUCACCGGCCUCCCUGAUCUGAUCAAUCUCCUGAUUCUCCUAUCUGGCUGGUCCUGCGGAAACGCGUAUGUUUACAGUUCCAGUCGAACCCUCUACUCGCUCGCUCGCGACGGCCAAGCCCCGAAGUUCCUUCUCAAAUGCACUGCAUCCGGUAUUCCUGUCAACUGUGUGCUUACUGUCUCGCUUCUCUCGUGCAUCACUUUCCUCGUGGCGGGCUCCUCUUCCGUGACCGUGUUCUACUGGUUCGUCGAUUUGACCACCAUCGCCUUCGUGCUGACCUACACGGGCAUGCUCCUCGUUUUCCUGGCCUGGUACCGCGCCUUGAAGGCACAGGGCAUUGAUCGCAAAUCGUUCGUUCCCUGGGCCUCUCCUUUCCAGCCAUAUUUCGCCUGGUUUGCUGUCGUCAUUGGCAUCGCAACAGCCAUCUUCAACGGAUUUUCUGUCUUCAAGCCCUUCAGUGUGCAGGGCUUUGUGACCUCAUACUUUGGCGUUGCCUUUUGGGCCGUCACCUUCAUAUUCUGGAAAGUGUAUCACCGGACCAAGUUUGUAGAUCCCGCCCAGGCAGACCUGUACUCUGGCAAAGCGGAGGUGGACGAGGAAUGCAAGCAAUGGGAAGAUGGUGGCUGGGAGGAGCGACGGAAGGCCGAACUGGCGCAGAUGAACUGGGUGCGACGUGCCUGGGAGCGGAUGUGUUACUCGCCAGUGGCGCUUAAUCAAGAAAGCCACGAGGAUGUCAACAUAGCUGGCCAUCCGACUACCUCCACACCUCUCCCUCGAUCUAAUCCCGGUGACAAGCGGGUAACUGCGCCGAUCGACGGUGCCAUCUCCACAGCUGACCGACUAUCGCUAUCGCCGAUCGACUCGAAGCAAGAUGCGGUUGAACUUCAGCGAGCCGCCGACCCCGACUUUGAGUCGCCAAAACACCUUGACGUACGGGCGGCACCACCAACGGCGGACGACACAUCCGCAUCUGUUGUCGUCGCGGAAGAAGCCAAGAAGGGGGCGAUCCACGCGGAGAUUUUACUACCAGUCUUCCUGCAUGCCGUCUUCACAGCCUUUGUCGUCUACCUUGACACCUAUGUUUUCGAAACUGUCGGCCUCCCGGCUAGCAUCAUCCCGUCGCUGUCUAUCGUGGUUGGCCUGAUGCUCGUCUUCCGCAACCAGACCUCCUACAACCGAUUCUGGGACGGAAGAAAUGCCAUGAGCACGAUGAAUACCUGCUUGCGCAACCUAACGCGCACCAUCGUCACUAACAGCUACAGCGCAACCCGCGGCCCGCCCACUCUCGCGGAAAGCCAGGACGUCGAACGCACCAUUCGCAUCCUGAUGGCCAUCCCAUUCGCCGUCAAAAACCAUCUCCGCGCAGAAUGGGGAGCUGCCUGGGCGAUAGGUGCUACUUUGGGGCAUGACGUGGACGAGCAUGGCACCGCUGCGUAUAACCCCGACUACGCGGGCUUGCUUCCAGCUGGACUGGAGGGCCAUGAAGAUGAGGGACUCGGCCUUCCGUACCAACUCACGUUUUUCGUUGAUGGGUUUAUCAAGCGUGGAGAGAACCGUGGGUGGUUCAAUGCGCCUGGCGCAAGUCAAAUGCAGGCACAGCUGAAUACAUUUUUGGAUGCAUAUGGGAGAAUGGAAACGAUCAAGCUGACUCCAAUGCCGGUGGCACAUCUUAUCCACCAGAAACAGGUCCUCGCUCUAUUUGGCUGCGUCCUGCCCUUUGCUAUGGUUGAUGAGAUGGGCUGGUGGGCUAUUCCAAUCGUCUGCCUAGUAAUCUUUACACUCUAUGGUAUCGAGGGUAUAGGCUCCCAGUUAGAGGACCCCUUCGGCUAUGAUCGGAAUGACAUCAAAAUGGAUGCUCUGGUCGGCGACGCGAAGACAGAGAUUGAUGUCGUCCUGGCAGAGUGGCGCACGUAUUCGAAGGCCAUGGAGAGCGCGUGGCAUGGAGAGGGCGCAGAACGCAGCCACGGGGAGCGAUGCUUAGACGCAGACCGCAAACCGACCGCAAAUGGAGAUGAGCAGGGUCAACGCAAGUAUACGCCCCCGGAUUUGUUCUUAGAGUUGAGGCCGCAGACCACAACUUGA